UCCAUCUCUAUCAUUUCGGAGGAAACCCUCAAGAGACUAUGUCCCAGCCGCCGCCUCCAAACGAGGCCAGUGGACUUCGUACUGAGGGACUUUCAGAAGAACCCAGUACACAUCGUGGGGUGGGCCCGGGUGCAUGUAGAAAGAGGGGGUUUUAAGGGGCCCCUAGACAUCCUAGUGGUCAAGCGCCAACUGACCACACUCCUCGGGUUGGCUUGGUUCAAACCACUGGGGAUCCAGCUGGUGGGGGUGGACCACGUGCAGACCAGCCAUUUCGACGGGGUCUGCCGGGAGUUCCCAGAGGUUUUCGACGGGUCCUUGGGGAGCUACAAGGGCCCGCCCAUCACCCUACCGAUCGACCCUAUGGUCAGGCCCAUAAGGCUCAAAGCGAGGCGCGUUCCGUUCGCCCUCAAACAAAAAAUAGAGGCAGAGCUGGACCGCCUCACAGCCCAGGGCGUCCUAGAGCCGGUAACGUAUGCAGAAUGGGAGACCCCCAUAGUAACGCCGGUCAAGCCCAACGGGGAAGUAAGGAUCUGCGCUGACUACAAGUGCACGAUAAAUAAGGCACUGCAAGACAACCCCUAUCCAGUCCCGGUAGUCAGCCAUGUCCUGGCAGCACUAGCCGGGGCGAGGACGAUAGUGACCCACAGGGGUGCGUUCAGGGUUAAACGGCUGCAGUUCGGGGUUAGCGUAGCUCCGGGGAUAUUCCAGAGCAUAAUGGACUCUCUUCUCAAAGGGAUCCCCGGAGUUCAACCCUUCUUUGACGACGUUUUAAUCGCCGCCCCCACCGAUGGAGAGCGCUUCACCAUCGCUACUGACCACAAGCCGCUCCUCGGCCUCCUAGCCCCCGAUCGUCAGACCCCCCAAAUUCUGUCUCAAAGGGUUUUAAGGUGGAACCUGUUCCUGAAUUCUUACACGUAUACGCUGAUACACCGCCCCGGUAAAGCUAUGGGUCACGCAGACGCCCUCAGCCGCCUCCCGCUACCCGCGACGGACCCAGAUCCCGCCCCGGCACACGGAGUGAUGCUCAUAGAGUCGCUCCCCGAGCGCCCCCUGCACGCGAGCGAGGUGGCUCGGGCGACCGGGAGAGACCGCGUCCUCGCACGGGUCAGGGACUGGGUGGGAAGGGGGUGGCCCUCGGGCAAAGCAGAAGAAGCCUUCCGGCCGUUCGCGUCCAGGAAGGACGAGCUAUCGACACACAAGGGGUGCAUACUCUGGGGUAGCAGGGUGGUGGUCCCCCCCCCCUUGCGCAGGCAGGUAUUGGAGGAUCUCCACGAGACCCACCCGGGCAUCGUGAGAAUGAAAGCCCUGGCACGGAGCUACGUGUGGUGGCCAGGCAUGGAUGAGGAAAUAGAAGGGUGGGUAAGAAGGUGCCAACCAUGCCAGGAGUCCAGACCCAACCCGCCGUCCGCCCCGACCCACAGGUGGGAAUCGAACGGGCGGCCAUGGUCCCGCCUCCAUGUGGAUUUCGCGGGGCCGCAUCAGGGCCAGAUCUUCUUUAUACUGGUGGACGCAUACACGAAAUGGUUGGAGGUAAUCCCGGUGGCCUCGACCUCCACCGCAGCAGCAGUCCGGGCGCUCAGAAGGGUCCUCUGCACACACGGGAUCCCCGACACACUAGUAACGGACAAUGGCACAGCAUUCACCUCCCGGGAAUUCCGGGAGUUCACCGACAGAUACCUUAUAAGGCACAUAAGGUCCGCCCCAUUCCAUCCAGCCACCAACGGCCAGGCGGAGAGGAUGGUGCGGACCACCAAGGAAGCCCUGGGCCAACUGCUCAUGGGGAGGAAACUGACCACUCGUUUAGAUAGGCUACACCCGGACAGGGCGCCAGAGGUCCGCGGGACCCCCGAGGUCAGGGAGGCAGUGAGAGGGUUCUUCCCGGGCGAUCCAGUAUAUGCGAAAAACUUUUCAAGCGGCCCCGAGUGCUGCGCCGCCGCACCCCACCCGAGGAGUCAGCAGAGGGAGAAAGCAGGGAACCGCCGGUCACGGUACCGCCAGAAGAGGCGCCGCCAAUACAGGAGCUACCAACGUAUGAUGCCCCCGGAGCCGCGGAACCAGAACCGGAGCCAGUACCCGACGCGGGCGGGCAACAGCCAGAAACGGCGCCUCCCACAUCGGGAUCGGGCCCCCCACCGACGGCAACCCCGAGGAGAUCAACACGGGAGCACCGAACACCAGGGUACCUAA